UCCUCUCCUCCAUUCCUUUCAAUUCUCUUCUUCUAGUUUAGUGUGAUAGGAAUCGACAAUGUAUUGGGUUGCCCACCACAGUCCAACAACCUCGUUCGCUACACACUACACCACAACCCUAUGCCAAACAAAACUGAAAAUAUAUCCAACUUUCAUGGGAAGCUUUGGAGCAAGAGCUCCAGAGAGGUGCAGCAUGGAAAGGGAAGGAGAGGUGACGACUUGGGAGGUGCGAAUUGCACAAGCAAAUGGAGAAUUCUUCUUUGAAGAGGGUUGGGUUAAUUUUGUGGAGGAUAACAAUAUAGAAGAGCAUGAUCUCUUGAUAUUUUCGUAUGUGGAGCCAGCUCGUGUAUUCGUUCAAAUCUUCGGCAGAAAUGGCAUUGGAAAACGAAUUCGAAACACACCAGGAUAUCCCUCUGAAAUUCAGAAGAGAUUGUCUCGCAAGAACCCAACCAACAAUGCCCUUUGAAAAUGAAGCAUUAUGUAAUUUAAUCAGCUUUUAAUUAGUAACUAAUCAGCUUUUGUAAUAUCUAAUCUAAUCAGCUUUUGUAACUUAAAAUUUGUAAUCAG